AUGACCAUAGGCAUGUGCAUGCAGGUCGAAUCGUACCGGACGACAUCGGUACCGAGGGCGUUCAAGCGAGUCGCGACAUACCAUAGGGAUUUGACGCCGAACAAGCCGUGUCCCGGAUGA